GAGGGAAGGGUUGUCGAGUCGGGCGGUUAUGACGAGUUGGCUGAGAGGGGAGUGCUUUCCGACCACGAGUUCAAUGAGUCGGACAAUCAGUCGAAAGGAAGUGCGGAUCAGAUGUCGAGACAGAUCUCUCGAGUCAGCGAAAGUGAAUCGACGGCACAAUUGUGUCGACAAAUAUCUAUGAGAGAGAAAAACGAAACCAAGAAUUUGAAGGAAGAAAAGGAAAGUAAGGAAAAGGAUUCAAAACUAAUAGAAGAGGAGACCCGAGAGUUUGGAUCCAUUAAAUUCAGUGUUUACUUAAUGUAUUGGAAGGAAAUGGGACUUAUAUUCAUAUCUAUAUCUAUAAUGACUUUAAUUAUCUUCGAUUCUUGUGAAAUCGGUGCCAAUUUCUGGUUAAACCAGGUGGUGAUGAGAACGGGCGCCGCAAAGGCCUCGGAAGUGCUCCACAAAGACAUGUUGUCUUGCAUUCUGCGAACCCCUCUGUCCUUCUUCGAUGUGACCCCUUUGGGACGAAUCAUAAACCGAUUCAAUCGUGACUUUCAACAGAUCGAUGAAAAUAUACCCUUUCUAUUAGACCAGACUCUUCUUUUGGUCUUAGAGCGGGAUAAAAUAACUCCCGGUUUGGCCGGCUUUUUGCUUAUGUACGCCAUUGACGUGAUUAACAGCAUUGCAAUGUCACUACGAAUGGGCGGACAACUCGAGACUGAAAUGGUUUGCGUUGAAAGAGUCAAAGAGUAUACACAACUCGAACCGGAAUAUAGUUGGGAAUCAACGGAUGCUAACAAACCCUCCGAACACUGGCCCCGAAGUGCUUCCAUAGAGUUCAUUGAUUAUAGCGCUUCCUAUAGACCAGGACUCGAACCGGUUCUCAAGAACUUGAACUUUAGGGUAGAGCCGGGAGAAAAGGUGGGAAUAGUUGGCCGGACGGGCGCCGGCAAGUCGUCGAUCACUUUGGCGUUGUUUCGGAUAAUAGAGCCGACAUUCGGACAGAUAGUGAUCGAUGGCGUGGAUGUGACUCGUAUUGGUUUACAUGACUUGCGGUCGAAGUUAACAAUUAUACCACAAGAACCCAAUCUCUUCGCCGGAACUCUUCGACUCAAUUUGGAUCCGUUUGAGGAAUAUUCUGACGAAGAAUUGUGGACAUCAUUAGAAAGGGCUCACCUGAAGGACUUCAUAUCUCAUACAUCCGAUGGCCUCUCGUAUGAGAUCACAGAAAGUGGUGAUAAUCUGAGUGCAGGUCAAAGACAAUUGGUUUGUCUCUCGCGAGCACUUCUUCGUCACUCAAAGAUCCUGAUCCUCGACGAGGCGACGGCUGCCUGUGAUUUGGAUUUAUACCACAAGAACCCAAUCUAUUCGCCGGAACUCUUCGACUCAAUUUGGAUCCAAAGGGCUCACCUGAAGGACUUCAUAUCUCAUACAUCCGAUGGCCUCUCGUAUGAGAUCACAGAAAGUGGUGAUAAUCUGAGUGCAGGUCAAAGACAAUUGGUUUGUCUCUCGCGAGCACUUCUUCGCCACUCAAAGAUCCUGAUCCUCGACGAGGCGACGGCUGCCUGUAUCCUGAUCCUCGACGAGGCGACGGCUGCCUGUGAUUUGGAAACCGAUUCACUGAUUCAGUCGACGAUUAGGGAUGAGUUCAGUGACUGCACUGUUUUGACAAUCGCUCACCGAUUGAAUACAUCGACUAUUAGGGAUGAGUUCAGUGACUGCACUGUUUUGACAAUCGCUCACCGAUUGAAUACAGUCUUGGAUUACAACAAGAUUUUGGUUUUAGACAACGGAGUCAUCGCUGAAAUGGAUUCACCGAACAAUUUACUCAAAAGACCUGAUUCUCUGUUCUAUGGUUUGGCCAAAGAGUUCGGAAUUGUUUAUGGACCCAAUGUCCUGAAGUGGUUGCUCACGAGUGGUGCAACACUUGAUGUCUUCAGUCCCAAGCAAUGUCUAUGCGUUUGGAUUACGUUUAAUACGAGACUUAAUGUCACCAUCUGUUCCAUCAAAUCACGGAUUGUUGCCAUCAAUUACUCCGAUAGUCGACACAUAUGUCCGAUGAAUGACUUUAAUAUAUUCUCCAAAAUAUUUAUUGUUUGGCUCAAAGACAUCCUAAAACACGGCUACAAAACAAACACUGAUUUGAGUCAACAUUUGCUUCCCAUUUGUGAUUACAUUAAAUCCAAGAAUGCUUUCGAUUCGUACGAAUCAAUGAACAGGAAAUACAAUUCAAAUCCAUUGGUCAAAGAAAUCAGAUUAUUGCCAAUGAUAUGGUGGACGUGUUGGGUGCCAUUCACAGUGUCGGCGCUCAUGGAGUUCGGUAACAUCGCCGCCCAAUUCAUUCAGCCCUACAUUCUGUCCAAACUCAUAGACUUCGUGUCCGAGUCCGACCAUCUGUGGCACGGAUUGUGUUACGCAAUGGCCUACUGUUUCUCUAACCUAUUGGCCCGACUAUUUGACGCCCACUCCUAUCUGUUCAUAAGUCUCGCCUAUUAUAGGGUGAAGUCGUCCCUCAUAACAGCUCUCUAUAGAAAAAUGCUUAAACUAAGUGCCAGUUCUCGUAGGGAAUACACAACCGGUGAAAUCAAUAACAUAAUGGGUGUCGAUAUCGGAGAGGUCUGUGAUUUACUCCAUUCAAUGACAACAUUGUAUUCAAUCCCAACAAGUCUUGGAAUCGGAGUCUAUAUUCUGUGGCAACAAUUGGGUCCGUCAUCACUGACUAUGUUCGGUGUUAUGCUAGUCGUGGGUCCGUUCACAACGUAUAUUAUGAAACGUAUCGAUGAUUUUCAAACCAAACAAAUGGAGCUCAAAGACAAACGUAUGGAACAAAUCAGUGAAGUAUUAAAUAAUGUAAAACUCCUGAAACUGUUUGGUUGGGAGAAGCCGUUCAUCGAUAGGAUAUCCAAAACACGACGCGAAGAGUUACACAAAUUAGGUCUGACUAACAAUUAUUGGGCUAUUAUGGAGGUUGUCUGGACGGCUGUCCCUAUGAUUAUCGCCGGAUUUACAUUUACUGUAUUCACGAUCACAUCCGGACUGCCUUUCACUGCGAAGACGGCUUUUGUUUCGCUCUCUGUAUUUAAUUUAUUGAGAGCUCCAAUGGCCAGACUUCCCAACACCUUAACCCACUUGACGAGAGCUAUUGUCUCGUUUCGAAGAAUUCGUAAAUAUUUAAGUUGUGAAGAAUUAGACGAAAGUCUGGAGAGAAGAGACGAUUCAAGUGAUGAGAGAUAUGCCGUGUGUUUGAAAAAGUGUUGCUUUUCGUGGGGUUUAGAAGAAGAGCCGAUUCUAAAGGAUAUUACACUGAAUGUAAAGAAGGGAUCGUUGGUUGCGAUCGUGGGAAGAGUGGGAUCGGGAAAGUCGUCCCUAUUUUCAGCCCUAAUGGGAGAUAUGUACCAAAUGGGAGGCUCGAGGAGUGCAAUGAGGGGUUCGGUGUCUUAUGUGCCACAAUCGGCUUGGAUUCAAAACUUGAGUCUCAGACAAAACAUUGUGUUUGUGUCGGACUACGAUCGGAGCAAAUAUGAACGGGUAGUGGAAGCGUGUGCUUUGGACGCGGAUUUCAAUUCACUUCCGGCAAAGGAUUUGACAGAAAUCGGCGAAAAGGGAAUCAAUUUGAGUGGCGGACAGAAACAUAGAGUGAGUUUAGCCCGAGCUGUAUAUCACGGGUCAGACAUCUAU